AUGGCCUCUACUCCACUCAAACGGUCCUCGACAGAAGCUGACCUGGACUCUCCAAAGGGAUCAAUUCGAUCUGGAGAGUCAAAGAAACAGGCUCCAAAGAUAUCCAAAGCCCGAGCCUGUGCGGAGUGCAAAAGACACAAGAUUCGUUGCGAAUUUCGAACAGGUGAAACAAAUUGCACUAAGUGUAUUCGCAGUGGAAUUAAAUGUGUGGUGAACGACUUCUCUCAAAAAUUUGUCGACGACGAUGGGAUAUGGAAACACCAAGCAUCUUCUAAUUUGCUGCAGCUGCAGGCAGCUGUUUCGCAACUGUUACGACAUGCAGGACUGCCUGAUCUCUCGUCUUACGGAGCCGGAGAUGGACAAAAUGGCCCCAGCCCUGCCGCCUCACACCAUACUCACCGGCCAUCUAUCGAUACAAUGCAAUCGCAUUCUAUUCAUCAUGACGGACCAGGAGUAGUGAUGGAUGUCACCAGAGAGCCAUCUCAGGAACCGGACCUUCAAGAUCCAGAAUUGGUCCCAGCGCCCAUGCGCAGCCUGUACGAAGUCACUAAGUUGCGUAAUCUGCGCAAUAAUCACAUUGAGGCGCCGAAAAAGACUCUACUCGAGGAAGAUUUCAUCACACGGGGGUUGAUAUCCAUUCACGAGGCGGAGGAGCUCUUCGCAUACUUCAGUCGCACCAUGAACCAGUUACUUUGGGGCGGAAUCAUUUUGGUGCACCGUGAUCUGACAUCCGUUCGUCGCGCAUCGACUCUUCUUUCCGCUGCAGUUCUAACCGUGGCGGCGCUGCAUAUUCCUAAUCGCACGGCCACUUUGAACCGAUGUUACAAUGAAUAUGUGUCUUUAGUGUCAAAUAUGGCUCUUACCCGAGCGCACACUCUAGAUGAUAUUCGAGGGCUCUGUGUUGGUGCAUUUUGGCUGUCGGAGCUGAGCUGGAAACUCUCCGGACAUGCGGUCCGAAUUGCCACAGAAAUGGGGCUGCACCAAAGUUACCAGCGCCUGAUCCGCGGGCAUACUGAUCAGUAUGAGCGCGCUCAGCUGUGGUACCUGCUUUAUGUAUGCGAUCAUCACUUCAGUAUUGCUUAUGGGCGGCCCCCUGUGAUCCACGAGGAUAUUGCGAUUCGGAAUUACGAGACAUUUCUUGAAAUGCCAAUGGUAGCUCCGGGGGAUAUUCGACUAUUGGCGCAGGUUGCAUUGUUCAUGAUCUUGACUGAGGCAUACCGAACUUUUGGUAGCGAUACAGAGCAAGCACUUACCGAGGGGGAUUUUGGUCAGCUACGGGUAUACAAUGUGGCAAUAGAUCAAUGGCGAUUGCUCUGGCAGCCUAGGUCUGCCGAUAGCUCCUAUGUACGAACAUACCCUUCCAAGGGUGUGGUAUUACACUACCAUUUCGCAAAGUUCCAGCUUAACUCGCUGUCUCUUCGCGCUCUAUCACCGUCCAACACUCCUGUUUUCUCUAUGGACCGCAAAGAAUCAGCCAACAUUGCAAUUUCUUCAGCUAUGGCAUGUCUGAAUAUGGUACUCGAGGAGCCCGACAUCCGAGACGCGAUCGUCGGGGUUCCGAUUUUUACACAUACCAUGGUCACCUUCUCGGCUGUUUUCCUGCUCAAAGUUGCCAUCAAUUGGAACUCGGCAUAUCUCAGCAUCAACGCGCGCGAAGUACGCCAGUUGGUUGAGAGGGUUAUUGAAUUGAUGAAUUGCGUCUCCGCGGGUGAGCGACACUUGACCCGACACAUUGCACGUGGGUUAGGUAAGAUGCUAGAGCGAUUCGACACCUGGGAGUCUGGAUGGCAAGGUGGCGCUAGUGACGGGGGUAUACUAGAUGGUCGCGAAGUGCCUGGGGGCGCGAAUGCGAUGGCGCAAGGAUUCCCACCGCCAGAUUUGAUCUACGACAUGGUGGGAACGUAUGGGUUUGGACUUGACGAAAACUUGCUAGACCCGAGUAUGGCAAAUUUCGAUUUCUUGGCACAAUAG